CCCAUAGAUACUUCACUGCCUGGAUUGCGACCCUGUCGAGGACUCUGGAUGGGCUGGCACCGGAUCGAACCCCAAUACUGAAUGUUGGCUAUUUUCGAGAUCUAACUAGGCAUAAGCCCUGUUCAUCGGUUGCAUCAAAGUAUAGACCACCCAUCGUUAUCGCUUAUGCAUCCGGAAACAUAGUAAUAAGAUCGUCAAAUUUGCUUAUUCCCUUGACAUUCCCUUCGAGAAUACAGAACAGUCAUUCCAGCAGCUCAGGGGAACUUACUGUCCAUUUCCGAUUAUAAUGGAGCAUCAAGCCGAAAAUAACGAAUCAGAGCAUACGGGUGCUGAAAAGGAACAGAAAAUUGCCCUUGAAGACGAGUCCCAAGAUGACGAGAUUGCCAGUCACGUAGCCGAGAAGGAGAGUGCCAUUCGUCAAGCAUGUGACUUUCGUGAUUUUGAUGCCUUAGUCUCUUAUGCCACCUCAGAAGGUGGCUUCCUGAAUGACGAUGUCCGGCGAUUAGCUUGGCCUAUUCUUCUCCAAUGUGAUCGACGUCGACAAGAUCUUGAUCUCACAGGGUGGGAUGAUCUACCGCCUCAUGUAGACGAAGAACAGGUUCAACUUGAUGUGAACCGGUCAUUCGUCUACUAUCCUGAAUGUUCUGAUGAGGAGCUGUCUACCAAGAAGGGCGAGCUAUCCAAGCUGAUCAAGCAAGUUCUGCGGUGCUUCCCCAUGCUCUGCUACUUUCAGGGAUAUCAUGACAUCGUUCAGGUUCUGUUACUAGUACUUGGUGGCCAAGAUGCUGCAGCCGCUGUUGCACAGAUUUCUCUUCUCAGGAUAAGAGAUUACAUGCUGCCGUCUCUGUCACCGGCGCUGAAACACCUACAGCUGAUUCCAGCGAUAAUCGAAAGGGCCGACCCUGCGCUACAGCGUCAUCUCGCAGAGAUCCAACCUUUCUUCGCGCUUGCCGCAACUCUUACAUUAUACUCGCACGAUGUCCAAGAGUAUAGCGAUAUUGCGCGGCUUUUCGACUUCUUGCUGGCCCAGGAACCGGUGGUCUCGAUUUAUCUCUUUGCAGCCAUUAUACUAUCCCGCAAGAAAGAGUUACUAGAAUUUUCGGUUGAUGAGCCCGAAAUGCUGCAUUUUACCCUGUCCAAGCUUCCGAAUCCCUUGGAUCUCGAUGGUCUGAUAUCGCGCGCGAUGCAACUCUUCGACGACUAUCCACCCGAGUCCUUGGCAUUCGGGGCUUGGAAGCGCAUUCCCGAUUGCAGUGUGCUCAAGUCUUCGCGAGAUCUUGUCAAGAUCCAAACAACGAAGGAGACGGUCGGGCUUUUCGAGAAACAAGUACGACAGCUACGCUACGAGGAACGGAAGGAGAAGACGAUUGCAUUCCUGUGGAGCCACAGAAGGGCGAUUGGCUCUGUGGCGGUCACCAUCUUUAUUGGUGCCAUGUCGGUUUGGAUAAAGAAAAGGGGAUUUGACAACACGAUAUGGGCGUAUGUCAGUAAAUUCCAUGGGGCAUUGCAAGCUCGCGGUUAUCUCUAAUUUCCUUGUUUUUCCGCUCAAAGAAAACAGACGGUUUGAGAAAAAACCGAAGAUGUAUGUAAAAUAGUGGACUUGAAUAAU